UAGGAAUUUGCUUAACCAAUAUAAAAUCAACACGUAGUAUACAGUAUUUAUCAUCAGUAUUUAUUCAGUAAUCAACAAACACAACAAGAAGCAAAAUCUGAGCAGAAAAGAGACGAAGAAAAUCAAAAUAUGUACGUAACAAGGCCUCUGUCUGUGCUGCAAAAAUCUGCAGAGAAUCUUGCAGCGGCACCUGAGGGUCCGAACUCGGGAUUCCUAGUGAUUCAAGAUGCGGAAUCUGAGACGUAUUCCAUGUUUGGACUGAAGAAGAAUCGGACGCUUAAGAAGUUGCCUUUCCCUCAAGACAAGGAGGUGGCCAUUCUAUAUCCUAGAAGCUUGGGAGUCAGCGCCGGCGUUUCUCUCCCCGUCGACGUCAUCGGCGACGUCUCUCUCGACGUCGCCACCCCCUCCGAUUCUUCCCACUCCGUCUUCUUCAUCCCUGCUCUCAACCACCCUUUGUCUUCCAACCGCUACUACGCCCUCCUUUCCCAUGGAAAACGCAAAGGGGAGGCAUUGACCUCCUCAAAGGAACAAGAAGACGAUGCGCCAUGUUGUUUCUCAUCCGGAAUCGUAGACGCCAAGCCGAGGCCGUUGGAUCCCAACGACGCAUAUCAGCAGUUCGCCCUGUUCCCGGGGCGAAGCAGCGACACCUUCUCCGCCAAAUCCGCGGCGGCGGACGGCGUCCCACCAAAGUUCUUACGAAAGAAGGGGUGGACUGCGACCACCAAGACUCCCAGCAGUUUCAAGCUGGGCGCAGCGCAGGGCCUCGACUCCCAGCUCCGUGCCUCCCUGCCGGAGCUGGACUCCCCCGGAGCCCGCGCCGUCGGAAAAUGGUACGCGCCCUUUGUCUUCGUCAAGGAAGGUAAUUCGUUGAGAGAUCAGGUGGAGCGAUCCAUGUAUUAUGAGGUGACCAUGGAGCAGAGAUGGGAGCAGAUUUUCAAGACUGAUAAUGGCGAUCGUGAGAAGGGGAUUAAUUCGGUGGUGGUUGAUGCGACUGUUGAAACGGAAGAGGUGUUUGUUGGCGGGAGCAGAGCUGCGUGGGACGAGAGAAGCGCGGUGGACGGAGUGGUGUGGUUUAAGGUUGAAGGCGGCGGCGGAGGAGGAGUGGGGUUGAGAGUGGAGUUGGUGGAGAGGAUGAAAUGGGAGGAAGAGAGGGGAGGGUGGGUGAGAGGGGAGGAGAGGCAAGUGAAGAUUCAUAGGGAGGAAGAAUUGGAAGGAGGUGGCGAUUGGAAUGAGUUCGGAUGCUAUGUUUUGGUGGAGACGUUCAAUUUUAAGAGGAUGGAUGGGAGUCUCUUGAUGUCUUAUCAUUUUAGACAUUUUAACCAGUUGAAGACUAAAUGGGAAUAGAUGAGCACUUCUUUUUUGUACUCCAUCUAGUUUGCUUGUUUACCAAUAUUUUAUCUUAAAUGUGUUUGUAAGUAUUUAGUGUUUGUGUAAGAAGGAAAGCCAGGGAUACUUAUCUCUUAAGUUGUAUAAUAUGACAUUUAUGGUCAAUGUAAUUUAGCUUAUUUUGUGAUGAGUUUUUGGAUGUUUGUGUUCUGUUGAUUUAUAUUUUGGUCUCGUUUACUCCA